CGUGAAUGCGAGAGGGGAGGGGGGGACAAACAUGGCCGACGAGGCAGGGAAAGUAAACACAGCUGUUGAGGAUGGCGAAGCAAAACAGCCGCCGGAUGAGCCCGAAGUUUCGGGAGUCACGACCGACGGCGAGUCCGGCGGCAGCGACGACCAGGACCGGGCCGAGAAGUCGACUCCGGCUCCGGCGGCGGCAGAGAACAGUUGGUCGGCUCCCCUCCUGUCUCUGGCUCGGAAGGCCACGGAGACGAUUAGCAGCGGGGUAAGCUACGCCGCUGCCCCGAGAAAUCCCUCACAGGGAUCCGCUGCGAGCUCCCCGACGGAGACGGAGCCCGAAAACGAUCUGGACAACGCCUCAAGAAAGCUUCCAGUUCUGCCCCCCAAAGACCCCAUGUCAAUAGAGAGAUCCAACCUCCUCAGCAUGAUGAAGCUGAGCAUCAAAGUGUUAAUCCAGUCCUCCUUGAGUCUGGGCAGGACGCUGGACUCGGAGUACCCUCCCCUGCAGCAGUUCUUUGUUGUCCUGGAGCAUUGCCUCAAACACGGGCUGAAAGCCAAGAAAUCCUUCAUUGGUCAGAACAAGUCCAUAUGGGGACCUCUGGAGCUGGUUGAGAAGUUGUGUCCAGAGUCUGUUAACAUUGCCACAAGUGCCAGAGAUCUUCCCGGCAUUAAGACUGGUUUGGGGAGGGCAAGGGCGUGGCUGCAUUUAGCACUCAUGCAGAAGAAAGUAGCGGACUAUAUGAAAGCUUUGCUGGACCGCAAAGAUCUCCUGAGUGAGUUUUAUGACUCUGGAGCAUUGAUGGUGGAGGAGGAGGGGGCAGUGAUGGGGGGGCUGCUGGUGGGCCUCAACGUAAUUGACGCUAACCUUUGUAUAAAAGGGGAAGAUCUUGAUUCUCAGGUCGGGGUCAUUGACUUCUCCCUUUAUCUGAAAGACCCUGCUAACAGUGAGACUCCAAAAGAUGAUUCCAAGAUGACAGUCAUAUUAGAUCAGAAGCACUACAUCGAGGAGUUAAAUCGUCACCUAAGUGGCACCGUCACUGAUCUUCAGGCUAAGAUGGACUCUCUAGAGAAGACCAACAGCAAACUUGUAGAGGAGCUGACAGCGGCAACAGACAGAAUCAACUCUCUGCGGGAGGAACAGGAACAGCUGAGACAGGAGAAUGAGUCCAUCUUGCAGUCCAGCCAGAAAAAGGAAGAGGCAGCCCUUCAGGACAGCCAGGUGGAACUGGAGACGUACAAACAGACCCGACAGGGCCUGGAUGAGAUGUACAAUGUGGUUUGGAAGCAGUAUAAAGAGGAAAAGCGCAUUCGCCAGGAGUUGGAACGGGAGUUGGAGCUCCAGGUGGGCCUGAAGCAGGAGAUGGAGGUGGCCAUGAAGCUGUUGGAGAAGGACUCGCAUGAGAAACAAGACACACUGGUAGCCCUGAGGCUCCAACUUGACCAAGUCAAGACUCUUAACCUGCAAAUGUUCCACAAAGCUCAGGACUGGGAACGAGAAGCAGAAAAAAAGCAGGCGGAGGCUGGGCAGCUUGAGCAGAAGAUGGAUGAAAUGGAGAAAGUCAUGAUGGAACUAGAGCAGAGACUACAGAACUCUGAGCGAGAGCGCAAACAAAGUGACCAGUCAGACAAAGAUAUGAAGGUGGAGCUGGAGGGAAAAGUGGAUGCUUUGCAGAAACAACUGACUGACCUGGAUACAAUAAGGCUGGGUUUAGAGAACGAGCUGCGCACUGAGAGGGAACAGAGACAAAGCCUUCAGAAAUCGCUCCAGCGGGAACAGGACAACAGCAUCGAGCUCCGCACACAGCUGCAACAACUCCAGGGCCUGCACACGGAGCUGCAGGAUUUGAAGCAGGAGAAGCAGCAGCUGCAGCAGACAUGUGAGCAGCAGGAACAGGCUCUACAGGAGAUGGGACUGCAUCUCAGCCAGUCUAAACUUAAGAUGGAGGACUUCAAGGAGGUCAAUAAAGCUCUGAAGGGCCACGCAUGGCUGAAAGACGAUGAGGCCACUCAAUGCAAGCAAUGCCAGAAGGAGUUCUCCAUCGCACGCAGAAAGCACCAUUGUAGAAACUGCGGAGACAUCUACUGCAACAAUUGUUCCAGUAAUGAGCUGGCCUUACCCUCCUACCCUCGGCCGGUGCGGGUGUGCGAUAUGUGCCACUCCCUCCUGCUGCAGAGAAGCACCUCCAAAGCUUCCUGACAAACACCUGCGAACUUCGACGUUUCUACAUCUGCUUUCUAACACUGCACAUGCUCAUCCACUAUGAUUUUCAACUACCAAGUUACUACUUAUGUUAAAAGAGAAAUGUCAUCAGAUCUUAUGGAAAUGUGAUUUGGUGUUCCAUUUCCACUGUUACCUGAAAUUCAGGAACAUUAGUUCAUCUGUAUUAAAUAUGGGCCACCUUUUAACACUGCUGGGAUGAUCUAAUAUAGUUAUGCAGACUUUAUGUUAAAGAUCCAGUGUGUAUGAUUCAGUGGCAGCUAGCAGUGUAGUUGCAGACUUUAAAGCUAUCCUAUCUAGACCCAGUGUUUGGUUUUCCCUUCUGGGCUACUGUAGAAACAUGGCAGACUACAUGGAAAAUGUCUAAUUCUUGGGUUCAUUUAUAUUAUACACUAAUGCAAACAUACUUAUGAAUAUCAUAAUCCAUUCUGCCAAUAGUUCCUCUGAAGUGUUGCACUCUGGACCUUUAACAAGACUUGACAUUAUUGAUAUUUUAGGAUAUAAAUGUGAUCAAUGUUUAUUUGAACUGGAAUAAUCACUUUGACAAUAUGGUACUGGAUAAACCGAUCAUUUAAAAAAGGUGUGUAGUUUCUCUAAUUCAAACCAUGGAUGUAGAUUAUGAUGAGGUUACACCAAGGUUGCUGUUGGUUUUCAGAGGGUCAUUUGUGUACCUGGAUCAUAGAACACGUGUACUUCACUUUAUCAUUCAGCUUGUCAUUCAUCUACUCAACUAACAUUUACAGCUAUGGCCCCACUGCUGGAUAACAUGCAAACCUAUUGUGUAAAUGACUGUAGAAUGUUAAAAUCUGACUAUUUUAGAAUGUAUUAUAACAACAAGGUUUUGUGGAUUGUGGACUGCUACAAAGCCAUUUUCUUAAUUUGGGAAUGGUGACCAAAUGUUUUUUUUAUCUAGGUAUUUGAUAAAUGAAUAAAGCCUCCAGUUUUGCAA